CCCAACUCAACUCACCUCACAUACUUGUCUAGAUCUGCAUACGACCACUCUCCGUCACCGCCAUCCGGUUAGUGUGAAUCCUUAGUAGAAUGGCAGCUGUGGAAGCUGAGAAUCCUCUUCUUGGCCAAGUUACAUGUGGAUCCUUACUGGAGCGUUUGCAGCAAAUCUGGGAUGAAGUAGGCGAGACCGAGGAAGAGCGCGACAGAAUGCUCCUUCAGUUGGAGCAAGACUGCUUGGAUGUGUACAAGAGAAAAGUAGACCAGGCUGUGAAAUCUCGGGCGCACCUUCUUCAGACAUUGGCAGAUGCUCGAGUCGUGCUCACUAAUCUCCUAUCCGCCCUCGGAGAGAAGACCUAUGUCGGGAUUCCUGAGAAGACGUCUGGAACGAUCAAAGAGCAGCUUGAAGCUAUCGCUCCAGCUUUGGAAAGACUUUGGAAGCAGAAGGAUGAUAGGAUAAAGGAAUUCUACGACGUUCAGUCUCAGAUCAAUAAGAUAUGCGCAGAAAUUUCUGGUACCAGCGAGCAGGUUGAGAGUCCUUUAGUUGAUGAAACAGAUCUAUCCACUAAGAAGUUAGAUGGAUAUCGUGCUCAGCUUCAAGACCUUCAAAAAGAAAAGAGUGAGAGGUUGCACAAGGUGCUUGGAUUCGUGAGCACUGUACACGAUCUUUGUGCAGUUCUUGGCAUGGACUUCCUUACUACUGUCACGGAAGUGCAUCCUAGCCUAAACGACUCGCGUAGUACACAGUUGAAAAGCAUCAGCGACGAUACCCUAACAAGGUUGGCUGCUACUGUAUUAACACUAAAGGAAGACAAGAGGACGAGGUUGGAUAAGCUUCAAGAAUUGGCAUCUCAGCUAAUUGACCUCUGGAACUUGAUGGAUACACCACCAGAAGAGCGUGCUCUGUUUGAUCACGUAACAUGCAAUAUUUCUGCAUUAGCAAAUGAGGUUACCUCCCCUGGGGCUCUUGCUUUGGACCUUAUUGAACAGGCUGAAGUGGAAGUUGAGAGGCUUGAUCACCUAAAAGCUAGCAGAAUGAAGGAAAUUGCUUUUAAGAGGCAGACUGAGCUCGAGCAUAUAUUUGCUCGUGCUCACAUAGAGAUUGAUACUGAGGCUGCCCGAGAAAGAAUUUUGUCUCUUAUUGAUUCCGGGAGUGUUGAACCUACAGACUUAUUAGCUGACAUGGAUAAUCAGAUAGAAAAAGCAAAAGAGGAGGCGACAAGCAGAAAGGAGAUAUUGGAUAAGGUUGAGAAAUGGAUGUCGGCUUGUGAAGAAGAAAGCUGGCUCGAAGAUUACAACAGGGAUGAAAAUAGGUAUAAUGUUAGCCGAGGUGCACAUUUGAAUCUCAAGAGAGCAGAAAAGGCAAGAGUCUUGGUGAAUAAAAUUCCAGCUCUUGUUGAUAGUUUGGUUGCUAAAACCCGGACAUGGGAGGAAGACCAUGGAAUAACAUUCACUUAUGAUGGUGUUCCUCUACUCGCGAUGCUGGAUGAGUAUGCAAUGCUGAGGCACGACAGAGAAGAGGAGAAGAAGAGGCUGAGGGAGGAGAAGAAGUUAAGUGAACUCUCGAUUAAAGAGCAGGAAGUUGGUCCAACACCAAGCCCGGCCAGACAGGCUAGUGUCAAGAAAGGGGUUGGCCCACCACGUGCCAAUGGAGGUGCCAACGGGAGCACCAAUAGGCGCCUCUCGCUAAAUGCUCACCAAAACAGUUCGAGAUCUGUGAACAGAGACGGGAAGAGGGAAGCCAGACCAACUGCACCGGUCAACUAUGUAGCGGUGUCGAAAGAGGAUGCAGCAUCGCCUGUUUCUGCGGUCGAACCUCUUCCAAUUACGCCAUAGUCACGUGUGGUUCGACGGUGUUGGUGGUGGUGGUGGUGGUGGUAACUUACGCUGUCUACGUGGUAGACCAGUUGUAGGAAGAUUCUUGUUUUAUAUGCAUAUUGUUUUAACAGUAGAGACUGCAUUAGAUGUUAUAAACUCGCAUUGCUGGGGAUCCUUUAUGCAUUUCUUAAAGGUAAAUUUUAUAUGCAGUAUGUAAUUUUAUAUACUCCA